AUGAACUGUUCAUCUAUUCAAUUGAAUGAUUUACCCAAUGAAAUUCUCGUUCUUAUUUUCAAAAACUUAAACAAUAUUAAUCUACUUUACUCUAUCAUCGGUGUUAAUAAACGAUUUAAUGAAAUUGCACAUGAUUCUAUGUUUACGAGUUGUUUAACAUUAUUCGGUUACUUAACAAAUGGUUAUAUUUAUCCAUUACCUAAAAUAAUGCUUGAUCGAUUUUGUUUACAAAUCCUACCUGAAAUUCAUCAUAAAAUCAAUUGGCUUAAUCUUGAACCCUUAACUAUGAAACGUAUUCUUCUUUCUGCAAAUUAUCCAAAUUUAACUGGACUUGGUAUAGCUAAUAUUGAAAAGCAGACAGCAUUAGAUCUAUUAAUGGAUGAAACUUUAGUGCAUGUAUUCAAAAAUCAAAUUUCAUCACUCGUCAUCGAAACUAUUAACAAAUAUGACAAAGCAAAUCUAGAUACACGUCUAUUUACAUGUAUCUUCGAUAUAUUCACUAAUUUAAAAUAUUUAAAUUUUGAUCCAGAUUUUAUUUGUAAUCAACAAAUAUCAUUCAUAGUUUCACCUCCAACUAUGUUCUCGUCAACUUUAUUACAAUUAGAUGUCAAAGUACGAUUUAUUGAAGAUUGUCUUUAUUUCCUUGAUGGUCGUUUCAAUCAACUUCAAACAUUCUAUGUCGAUAUAGCAUUACCAUAUUUACGUUCGGUCUCUAAAAUAAAUAAACCCAAACUACCAAAUUUGCAAUGUUUUUCGUUAUAUUGUCUUUCAGGAAUAAAUUUCUAUGAUGAAGUUAUAUCAAUGUUACAUCGAAUGUCAAAUUUAGAAGAACUUAGUUUGUACUUGUCUGUCAAUUGUAAUAAUAGAUUUAUUGAUGGAAAUGAUUUAAAACAAAAUAUUAUUAAUUAUAUGCCACGAUUAAAUCAAUUUCACUUUGAUUUUCGCUCAAGUAUAUUUCUAAAAGAUCAGAUUGAUUUACUAUCAAAUGAAGAUAUUCAACAUUCAUUUAAAGAUUUUACAAAUAAUCAAAUUAUUUCUUGUGUUAAUUAUUUUCUAGAAGCAAAACAAGGUUAUUGUCAUAUCUAUUCAUAUCCAUUUACAGCAAGAAGUUAUGAAAAUAUCGCGAAUAAUUUUUCAGGUGGAUUAUUUACAUGUGUUAGCGAAGUAUCAUUAUUUGAUGAACAUCCUUUUGAACAUGAAUUUUUUAUUCGAAUCGCUCAAUCAUUUCCAUUUAUGAAAUUUUUUACUAUAACGAAUCGAAAACCACAAAACGAUAAACAAUGUAGAAAAUUGAAAAAUAACAAUCAAGAUCUAUUAAUAAUUGACUAUCCUCAUCUUAAAUAUAUUCGUUUUAAAGAUAGUCAUGAUGAUUAUGUAGAACAAUUUCUACUUGAUACCAAAACGAUUUUACCAUAUGAUGUUGAUAUUUAUGUCAAUUAUAAAACUUUAAAAAGGGUAACACUCAAUUUUAGACGAAACGCAACACAAAUUAAUUGUUCUAAAGCGACAUAUCAAUGUUUUGAUAGAAUUGUUCGAUUUCCAAAAUAUUUCAACGACUACUUUGGUGAUAUUAAAUUAAAUAUAUUUUGA